ACCCAGAACUCUAAGCAGGAUUUUUUCGAGCACAGGCUGGCUUGUACUUUACAAUCUAUUUGCAUAUAUGUUAGUUUCUACAGAACCUGGGGAGAGAGGUGUCAGUGGCCCUUUGCAGAGAAGGAGCCUGAGGCCGGGACCUCCGGUCCUUCUGUCACAGCCCCUCACCUCCUGUCACCUUCCUGCCCAACUCAGACAUACAAAUACAGUGCGAGGCGCAUGGCUGGUACUCUCUCAGUAAGUGUCUGCUGCAGGGAACUGGCUUGUUGGAAUCAUAGCAUGUUAGAACCAGAAAGGUCUUUAGAAACCUAGUAUUUUCUCAAAAUCGAGGCUUUUUUAGGAAAAAAAACCCAAUUUAAGUUGAAAUCACUUUUUUCAAAUAAAACCUUGAAUGGAACCCCAAUAAAGGAACUGCUCUGAUUGAAGCCGCCCUAGCUCAGCGUCUCCCACAUCCCGGGGCAUCGGUCCAACCCCCAAGGGGAGAACCGGGCCGCACAGAGGUCAAAGGCCUCACAGCCAGUCGACGUCAGAGGGGAACAUCUUCUAUCACGCUGGGCCCCACACUCUGGGCAAAGCGCACUUACCCGCACAUCCCUCACCAGGUGGGCUGCUCAGUCUACCGUCUGAAGGCGUGGUGAACCCACCAAACAGGAAUCAGGUGGUAAGUGGGGCGACAGGGGCACGAAAGCCACUCCGCCUUCUGCAGCAAGUGUGGCCUAACAGUCACCGUCACACACAAGCCCAGGUCUGAAGAGGCUAACCAAGCAGAACCGCCGUCUGCUCGCGAGGGCAAGCUGAAAGCUUCAAAUCUGUGUGCCGCUGCUUUCACGCCAUUUAACCUCCACAACUCGGGGAGCAAACAUAGGUGUUUCACAGAUGGGUGCACACACGACCAGGGGCGUUAAGUCAUCUGCUCAAGGUCAUACAGCCAAUCAGCGGCACGGCCCGAAUUCGAACCUAAGACUCUGGUGUAGGCGGCGGGGAACGAGGCAGCGAGGCCCCUGGGGCCGCCCGCAGCUCCGACACCGACUCCCGCGUGACCUUGAGCGGCAGCAUCCGCAGACGCAGGCUGGCUCCGCCGGGGAACCGGGGAACUGCGGGGAGCCCCUGAAGCCCCUCCCGGCUCCGGCUCCGACUCCGGCCCCGGCUCCGGCCCCGAGCUGCCAAGGGCACCACAGCUCUCGAGGUCGCGGCUUUCUCCCCAACAUCAGCGGCGGGGGGCUCGGACGGGGACUCCCGCGUGCAGGGGCCCCGCGCCCUCCGAAGGGAGCACCGCGUGCUCCCGCGAGCCCCGCGCCCACACCCCGGCCCCGCCGGCCGCGCUCGAGCCUCCCCGGGCUCGAUGCCAGGCCCAGCCCGGCCCCGGCGCGGCGCUCGCGGGGGCACCCGGGCCCCGCCGUGACCUUGGCCGGCCCCGCCUCAGGUGCGACCGUCCGGGCGCAAGGCUGCCCGCACCGUCCGCGGCCCCGGCGCCCGCACCGUUCCCGCCCGGCCCGCCGCCCGCCGCCGCACACCGGCCCGCCCGGCGCUCACCUUGGAGAUCCACGCGGGACCAGCCAUCGCGACCCUCCUCGCGCCGCGACGACAGCAGCGGCAGCAGUGCGCAACCGCGCAAUACGGCCCGGGGCCCCGCCCCCGAGUGACCACGCCCCCCGGUCCCCGUCCCGCCCCCUGCCGGCUCCGCUGGCCAAUCGCCUGGCUGACCUCGCGGUGACGCGCGGAGGCGCGACCCGGAAGCCACCCAGCGCGCGUCUCCAGGAAGGCCCCACCCUCUCCUCGCGGCUGCCGGCGUCGGAAUCCUUUGGAGCUCUGAGCCUCCGACUGCCGGCGUCCAGGUCUGGGUGGGCGGUGGGCUCCCUGCUGCGGGCGCCCGCGCCUCCCCGAGACUCGCAGGCUCAGGCUACGGCUUCUCUCGCGGAGUUUGCAGUCUCGUGCAGAAAACAGCACAUCCAGCUGCUCAGUGACUUUGAGACAAACAUUGGAGGACUUUCUCCAAUCCAUAUCCAAUCUUCACAUCAACCCCAUGAGGAAACCGAGGCACAGCGAGUAGCAGUGAUGGCGGCAUUACACUGGGACGCCUGAUUACUGAGACAGUUCUAGGUUUCUGUGAGGGGCCAUGCAGUUCAACAACGGCUUCCCAAGAGAAGUCCUAUCAAGUGCUGGGUGAGGACGAGUAAUGAAUACGCCCAGGCCUACCCUCCAAGUCUAGUGAGGGAGAAACACAGAAAUUCGGUGACAGGUGCUUGAAGGAGUUUGGACAGGGUGGGGCUGGCUGGGGAAGAUCCCGUCUUGGAGAUGGUGUUUAAAGCAGUCCUUGAGGAGGUAAGAUGUCAGCAGCCUGCGAUGGGGUCCGAACGGACCGGUGCCAGCAAAGACUUGGAGGCAGGAAAGCGUUGAAUCCUCACAAGCUUAGGUUCUCAGACUGAAACAGCCCUCAGAGGUCGCCCGGUGCAGCCCCCAUGGCAAGGUGCUCCCUGCUUCCCGAGCAGCUGGAGAGACGUCAUCUGGGAGCCCCUCCCUCGAUGGACCACAGGUUCCAGAACUGCUCAUAGACGUUCUGGCAUUCCUCCAACAUGCAGGCCAGUGUCCCCUGGACAAGCACCUUUGUCCUGUGCUGGCAUUUGGGAGCGCCCAGAGGUGCCAUCAGCAAGGCGUGUUGGGACCAAGGUAUGCUUGCCACUCAGGAGAAGGAUCUGGAAGGUGUGUCCUUGUUUGUGACUACAGCACUACCCCGUCCAGGGGUGCUGUACUCUACAAAAUGGUUUUAAUCAAGGUGGUGGCCUUUAAAUUAAUAAAUCAGCAAAAUACAUUAUAUUUAUUCACAUGCUAAA